AUGGAGGAAAGCAGCAACAACACAUCUGAAGAGGGAUUUCUUCUCCUGGGAUUUUCAGAUCAGCCCCAGCUAGAGAGGGUCCUUUUUGUCAUAAUUUUGCUCUUCUACAUCUUGAACCUUCUGGGUAACACUGCCAUCAUUUUGGUGUCUUGUCUGGACCCCAAACUCCACACUCCGAUGUACUUUUUCCUCAGCAAUCUCUCUUGCGUGGACAUCUGCUUCACCACCAGUGUUGCGCCACAGUUGCUGGUUACCAUGAAUAAGAAAGACAAGACCAUGAGCUAUGGUGGGUGUGUGGCCCAGCUCUAUGUGGCCAUGGGAUUGGGUUCCUCCGAGUGCAUUCUUCUGGCAGUCAUGGCUUAUGACCGCUAUGCUGCUGUCUGCCAGCCUCUGUACUACACAACCAUUAUGCACCCUCACCUCUGUGUAUCCCUGGCCAGCAUAGCAUGGCUCAGUGGUCUCGUCACCUCCUUAAUUCAGUGCUCCCUUACUGUGCAGCUUCCCCUUUGUGGUCAUCACAAAUUAGACCACAUUUUCUGUGAGGUUCCAGUGCUCAUCAAACUGGCCUGUGUGGACACAACUUUCAAUGAGGUAGAGCUCUUUGUGGCAAGUGUGGUCUUUCUAAUUGUCCCCAUGUCACUCAUUUUAGUGUCCUAUGGCUUUAUAACCCAAGCCGUCCUGAGGAUCAAAUCGGCAGCAGGACGCUGGAAAGCCUUUGGGACUUGUUCCUCCCACCUGGUUGUGGUCAUCAUUUUCUAUGGGACCAUCAUAUUUAUGUACCUUCAGCCAGCUAAAAGUAGCUCCAAAAACCAGGGAAAGUUUGUCUCCCUUUUCUAUACGAUAGUCACCCCACUCUUAAACCCCAUUAUCUACACCCUGAGAAACAAAGAUGUAAAAGGGGCCUUGAAGACACUGGUAAUGGCAAAUGCUAUUGGUUCAAAAAGGUUGUGA